UCUUCACAUCUCGUCUGCUAUUGGUUGGAAGAAUAGUGACGUCAUCUACACGCGACGUCCACACUAGAGCGCGACGCAGAAGUUGUUGGAAGCCCCGAGAGCAACUGUUAUUAUUUCAAUCGCCAUGGCGACCGAGCUCGUGGAAAAGGCGGCUGAGGAUCCAUUGCAAGCGGGUAAAGUCGGCACCAGAUUUGACCUGGAGAAGGAGACUGAGCUUCGCUUUGAGGUGGAAGCAGGAGAGGCCGCAGACCAAGUGGAGAUGGAGCUCCUCACAGGCAUGGCGGAGGUGUUUGGCUCCGAGCUGAACCGGAACAAGAAGUACGCCUUCGGGCCAGGUGCCAAGAUUGCCGUGUUCACCUGGCAGGGCUGCAGUGUGAACCUGUAUGGGAAGCCCGAGGUGGCCUACGUGUCCAAAGAUACUCCCAUGCUGCUCUACCUGAACACGCACGCCGCACUGGAACAGAUGAGAAAGCAGGCAGAGCGAGACAAAGAGAGAGGGCCGAGGGUGAUGGUGGUGGGACCGACAGACGUGGGCAAGUCGACUGUGUGUCGACUGCUACUGAGCUACGCAGUGAGAGUGGGCAGGAGGCCCACGCUGGUGGAACUGGAUGUCGGCCAGAGCGGGGUGUCAGUACCUGGGACGGUGGCUGCGCUGUGCAUUGAGCGUCCAGCAGAUGUGGAGGAGGGCUUCUCGGUCCAGGCUCCUUUGGUCUACCACUUUGGCUCAACCUCUCCCGGGACCAACAUCAAACUUUACAAUAAACUGACGUCGUGCCUCGCCGACGUGUUCUCCCAGCGCUGCGAGGUGAACAGGAAGGCCAGCGUGGGCGGUUGCAUCAUCAACACGUGCGGCUGGGUGAAGGGAUCCGGGUACCAGGCUCUGGUCCACUGCGCCUCCGCCUUCGAGGUGGACGUGGUGCUGGUGCUGGACCACGAGAGGCUCUACAACGAGCUCAAGCGAGACCUCCCUCACUUUGUCCGCGUGGUGCUCCUGCCCAAGUCCGGCGGCGUGGUGGAGCGCUCCAAAGAGUGCAGAAGGGAGACUCGGGAUGAGAAGAUCCGGGAGUACUUCUACGGCUUCCGGGGCGUCUCCUUCUAUCCGUUCUCGUACGAGGUGCGUUUCUCCGACGUCCGCAUCUAUAAAAUCGGAGCGCCGUCGAUCCCGGACUCGUGCCUGCCGCUGGGGAUGUCUCAGGACGACACCCAGCUGAAGCUGGUGCCCGUGACGCCGGGGAGAGACCUCACCUACCACGUGCUCAGCGUCAGCAGCGCGGAGGACGGCGACGAGGCGGCGAGGAAGGGCAUCGUGGAGAGCCCGGUGUGUGGCUUCAUCGUGGUCACCAACGUGGACACGCAAGCGCAGGUGAUGAAAGUGCUGUCUCCCGCUCCAAGACCACUGCCCAGACACACCCUGCUCAUCAUGGAUAUCCGCUUCAUGGACACCAAAUGAGGAGAAACAUGCAGCCUGGUUGACCAAAUUAGGAAAGUAUUCUAAUUUAUUUUCCAUUUUAUAAACCAGAUCGUACCCGUUUUUGAUAAGGAGUAUUUUAUUAGUUCGUACGGCCACUUUUAUUGCCUUUUUUCUUGUCUCUUUGAAAAGAAACUGUGACAGACAUCCUCUGUCCGGGUUCCACAGACCACCAGGGACAGACAUGACUGCGAGCAGCGUUGUGACUUUGUUAAUGUUUCAAUAAACCUCGGUGCACGUCG